CCCACUGGGUGAGACGGAGAGUCCACUUGUAUUAUUUCUCUUCCGCUCCAUCCUUUCUAUAUCAUCUUCAUCUUCAUCUUCAUCUUCAAUCAAAACCUCCACCUUCAAAUCUCUUCCCCUGUACACCGACGCUACAAUAAUAAUAAUAAUAAUUUAAAAAGGAUAUAUCCCCACUUCUCCCUUAAUUUCUCGUUUAUUCUGUUAUUUUCCCCCAAAAUCUCUUCCCGCAAGGCAAAGAAUACAAUUCCAAACCCUAAUCCGAUCCUCACCGGUCAGUCUCCGAUUCCCUCGAUCUAACCAUUUAAUCCUUCUCCAGAUUCGUUUUGCGAUCCGCUUUGGUUUUUCGUUGCGCAGAUUCAGGUUCCUGAUUCUACAUAAACAAAACAAAUCCAUCUUCGUCGUCUUCGAUCAUCGCUAGCUGUUAGUUUUUUUUUUUUGAAUCAAAAUGAGUAACCAGAAGAAGAGGAAUUUCCAGAUUGAGGCGUUCAAGCACCGCGUCGUCGUGGACCCCAAAUACGCCGAUAAAACGUGGCAGAUCCUCGACCGUGCGAUUCAUCAGAUUUACAACCAAGACGCUAGCGGUCUCAGCUUCGAAGAGCUUUACAGGAACGCUUACAACAUGGUCCUGCACAAGUUUGGAGAUAAGCUCUACACCGGCUUUAUCGCCACCAUGACAGCUCAUCUCAAGGACAAGUCCAAGCUCAUCGAGGCAGCUCAGGGAGGAUCGUUUCUCGAAGAGCUCAACAAGAAGUGGAACGAGCACAACAAAGCGUUGGAGAUGAUACGGGACAUCCUAAUGUACAUGGACAGGACUUACAUCGAGAGCACCAAGAAGCCACACGUGCAUCCCAUGGGGCUUAGUCUGUGGAGGGACAACGUGGUGCAUUCGCCUAAGAUACACGCGAGGCUUCUCAACACGCUUCUUGAUCUGGUCCAUAAGGAACGGACCGGCGAGGUUAUUGAUAGAGGGUUGGUGAGGAAUGUGACCAAGAUGUUUAUGGACUUGGGUGAGUCUGUGUAUCGGGAUGAUUUCGAGAAGCCGUUUUUGGAUGCUUCUUCUGAGUUUUACAAGGUUGAGUCGAUGGAGUUUAUUGAGGCUUGUGAUUGUGGGGAUUACUUGAAGAAAGCUGAGAAACGUCUGACUGAGGAGAUAGAUAGGGUGGGACACUACUUGGAUGGUAAGAGUGAGGACAAGAUUACUAGUGUGGUUGAGAAAGAGAUGAUUGCUAACCACAUGCAGAGGCUGGUUCACAUGGAGAAUUCAGGUCUUGUUACUAUGCUUCUGAAUGAUAAGUAUGAGGAUUUGGGUAGGAUGUAUAACUUGUUCCGCAGGGUGACCAGCGGUCUCGCUACCGUCAGAGAUGUGAUGACCUCGCAUCUAAGGGAAAUGGGGAAGCAGCUGGUUACUGAUCCGGAGAAGUCAAAGGAUCCGGUGGAGUUCGUGCAGCGGCUAUUGGACGAGCGGGAUAAAUAUGAUAAGAUCAUCAGCACCGCGUUUGGUAAUGAUAAAACGUUUCAGAACGCGUCGAAUUCUUCGUUUGAGUAUUUCAUCAACUUGAAUGCUCGUUCUCCUGAGUUCAUCUCCUUGUUCGUUGAUGACAAGCUACGGAAAGGACUCAAAGGUAUCGCAGACGCGGAUGUGGAGGUCGUCCUUGAUAAAGUCAUGAUGCUGUUCCGCUACUUGCAAGAGAAAGACGUGUUUGAGAAGUACUACAAGCAGCAUUUGGCUAAAAGGCUUCUCUCUGGCAAAACCGUGUCGGAUGACGCGGAGAAAAGUCUGAUCGUGAAACUGAAGACGGAAUGUGGCUAUCAGUUCACUUCGAAAUUGGAAGGCAUGUUCACUGACAUGAAGACUUCAGAGGACACAAUGAGAGGGUUUUACGGUAGUCACCCUGAGCUUUCAGAAGGACCAACACUUAUCGUUCAGGUUCUCACUACUGGUUCAUGGCCCACACAGCCUGCAGUACCUUGUAAUCUCCCAGCUGAAGUUUCGGUUCUCUGCGAGAAGUUCCGCUCUUAUUACCUUGGAACCCACACCGGUAGAAGACUGUCAUGGCAAACUAACAUGGGCACAGCAGAUAUCAAAGCCAUCUUCGGAAAGGGUCAGAAACACGAACUGAACGUGUCGACUUUCCAGAUGUGCGUUCUCAUGCUGUUCAAUAACUCUGAUCGUCUCAGCUACAAAGAGAUCGAACAGGCUACUGAAAUCCCUGCACCAGAUCUGAAACGUUGCUUGCAGUCGCUUGCGUGUGUGAAAGGCAAAAACGUGAUAAAGAAAGAGCCCAUGAGCAAAGACAUAGGAGAGGAGGAUUUGUUUUCAGUGAACGACAAGUUCACAAGCAAGUUUUACAAAGUGAAGAUUGGUACGGUGGUGGCUCAAAAGGAGACGGAACCGGAGAAGCAAGAGACGAGACAGAGAGUAGAGGAAGACAGGAAACCGCAGAUUGAAGCAGCGAUUGUGAGGAUAAUGAAGUCGAGAAAGAUACUUGACCACAACAACAUAAUAGCAGAAGUGACGAAACAGUUGCAGCCACGGUUCUUGGCUAACCCAACGGAGAUAAAGAAGAGAAUCGAGUCGCUCAUUGAACGUGAUUUCUUGGAAAGGGAUAAUACGGACCGGAAACUUUACCGCUAUUUAGCCUAAUAAGUUGAUUACCUCGACAACGAAAGGCUGUCUUCUCUGUUAAUUUGCUUUGUUUCUUUGUGUUUUGGUGUAAAAGCUUAUGAAGGGUACGGUAGUUGCUAGAAUCAAACAAUCACUGUAUUGCUGCCGUUGGUCGAAUAUUACAUUUGCUCCCUUUUUUGUCUU